AACAAAAACGUCAAACUUUGGCGGAAUAAAUACUCGUGUAGGAUUUCUAGGGGUACUAUAAAAGGUUUUGGGUCGAAAGGGGAACACAAGUCCCAGUGUUCUAUUUCUAGGGAAAAAAAGAAAGAGAACAGUUCAGUGCAUAUAAUUAAAUAGGUUCCAUUUCAAAAUGUCGGCUACGGUAGCGACUCCAGUGGUGGGUGCCGCUCCCGGCAUUGUUUCCGCCAGCAAUGUCUUCUACUUCCUCCUGGUACCAGCUCUCGUCUUAUGGUACGCCUACUGGAAAAUUUCCAGACGUCACCUGGAAGAACUCGCAGCCAAAAUACCCGGCCCUGAAGGUUUACCCUUCUUCGGAAACGCCCUAGAAUUCACCGGAACGUCCCACGUCAUCUUCAAGACGGUCUUGGACAAGUCCAAGGAUUUCGGAAAACUGAUCAAAUUGUGGAUUGGACACAGACUCCUUGUGUUCUUGAUCGACCCAGACGAUGUAGAACUGAUCCUCAGCUCCCACGAGCACAUCGACAAGGCCCCAGAUUACAAAUUCUUCAAACCUUGGUUGGGAGACGGUCUUCUCAUCUCCACCGGUCCAAAAUGGAGGGCACACAGGAAACUUAUAGCCCCAGCUUUCCACUUGAACGUGUUGAAAUCCUUCGUGGACCUCUUCAACGCCAACAGCUUGCACGUCGUCGAUAAGCUGAGGAAAACGAUGGGCAAAGAAAUCGACUGUCACGACUACAUGUCUGAAGCUACUGUGGAAAUUCUUUUGGAAACUGCUAUGGGAGUCAGCAAGAACACUCAAGAUCAGAGCGGAUAUGACUACGCCAUGGCUGUCAUGAAGAUGUGCGACAUCCUCCAUCUCCGCCACACCAAAUUCUGGCUCAACCCCGACGUCAUCUUCAACCUAACCAAAUACAAAUCAUACCAAGACAAACUCAUCAACACCAUCCACAGCCUAACCCGUAAAGUAAUCAAAUCCAAGAAGGCAGCCUUCUCCAAAGGUAUCCGUGGAUCAAUAGCUGAGGUACCAGAGAACCUCAAGUCAAAAACCGUGGACAGAACCGAAGCAAAGACUGUCGUUGAGGGACUUUCCUUCGGCCAAUCGGCAGGAUUGAAGGAUGAUCUGGAUGUCGACGAGGAUAUUGGUGAAAAGAAACGUAUGGCUUUCUUGGACUUGAUGAUCGAGUCUUCCCAGAGCGGUGUCGUGAUUAACGACGAGGAAAUCAAGGAGCAGGUAGACACCAUCAUGUUCGAAGGCCACGAUACCACGGCUGCAGGCUCCAGUUUCUUCCUUUGCAUGAUGGGCGUGCACACUGACAUCCAAGAGAAAGUUUUCGAAGAACUGAACGAGAUCUUCAAGGGUUCAGACAGGCCAGCCACCUUCGCCGACACUUUGGAGAUGAAAUACUUGGAGAGGUGCCUUAUGGAGACGCUAAGGAUGUACCCUCCAGUACCUCUGAUCGCCAGACAGCUCAGGAGAGACAUCAAAUUGAGUGCUUCCGACCAUAUUGUACCAGCUGGAUGUACCGUUGUUAUUCCAACCUUCAAGAUCCAUCGCGAUCCAGAUACCUAUCCUAAUCCAGACAAAUUCGACCCUGACAAUUUCCUACCAGAACGCACAGCAAACAGACAUUACUACUCCUUUAUACCAUUCAGCGCUGGACCAAGAAGUUGCGUUGGUCGUAAAUACGCCAUGUUGAAACUGAAGAUUCUUCUGUCUCACCUCCUGAGAAACUUCAAGGUUGUCUCCGAUGUACCAGAAAAAGACUACCAACUCCAGGCUGACAUCAUUUUGAAACGUGCCGAUGGAUUCAGGAUUAGGCUUGAACCAAGGAAAAAGGUUGCGGCUUAAACAACUACCUACCUAGCGUACUCUCUCCAAGUGAUAAUUUGUGUAUAUGCUGUAUAAAACUAUGAAAACUAGGAAUUGUGAAGUGAUUAUUGUUACAUUAUUUAUAUUUAAUUAUAUAGGUAUGAUGAUGCAUAACUAAUAAAAGUUAUAGGGACUGAA